AUGCCGAAACAUUCGAAAAAAAGACACAGAAGUCGAAGCUCUACGCCGCAGACUGCCAGCAAUUACGACGUUGGAAGAAUAUUAAGGCGCAUCGAACGGCGUUUAGACAAGGUAGAAAAACAACAACGAAAAAGACAUCGCUCCAGGUCGCCUUCUUACGAUGCUUCUCCAAGGGAGGAGCACGAAAUUAGAUCGACAGUUUCGCCAUCGCCAAGGUGUGAUUCCAUACCUGCCGCUUCUCGCUGUAAUUCAGUGGAAGCAGAGCAAUUUUUAGAGGACAGAUCGGAACAUAAUACAAACCAAGGGAAUUUGUUUGAGAAUUUAGAACAGCAAGAUGGGGCGUUACCGGUAAUUACACCAGAGAUUCUAUCCAUAAUGGGAGACGAUCGAAUUGAGGAAAAAACAUUGUCAAAACCCAUUCAGCCUGUAAUAGCGGAGAGAUGGACAAAUAUUUUAACAAAUGGGUUAACGGAGGAAGUGAAGAAAGCCCUCAUUGAUAAACAUUUGCCACCUGAAAAUCUUCAGGCUCUUUUGGCCCCGAAAUUAAAUCCUGAAAUUAAGGCGGCUAUUCCGGAAGGCGCCUUACGUCGAGAUGCUCGAUUACAACUGUGGCAAAAACAAAUUGGGGCAGCAACAUCUGCGGUGGCGUCCGGCUUAUCGUCCAUGUUGAAGGAAGGUGCGGACGUAAAUAAGGGAUUCAUCGAGACACUAAGUGACGUGGGUCGCUUAUUAAGUGAUCUACAUUUCUGCGAAUCGUUUUCGCGGAGGGAACUUUUGUCCUUACAGUUAAAUAAGGACCUUAAAGACACCCUUAAAAAUACAAACAUCACCGAUUUUAUAUUUGGUGAAAACUUGGACACAAAUAUUAAGUCAGCAAAGGACUUAGAAAAGUCUGCUGAACAAUUAAAACUUCAAAAGAAGGUUUUUCGUCCAGCUGCAUCCGGAAAACCGGAAAACUCCCGCCGUCCAUUCAUGCAAAGGAGGGGCGUACAUCAGAAUGGACGCGGCUCUCGAGCCCCCAGAUUACAGCGACGACAGGGACAUCUUCCUGUAGUUCAAUACAGAAAGGAGCACUUUCAUUCGCAGGGGGAGAGAAAACCACGUCAAAAACGCUAG